UCGCCACACAAUGCAGACUCAAAAGUAAAAAGGAAGAAACUACAUGGGACUUGUCCCCCUGUUGGUCGUGGAAACUAUGGAAAACCAUGUUUGGGUGAAAGCAGCAAUGGUUUUCACACGAUACAUUCAGAGCAUAGUCCUGUGAAGCCAAGGAUAAUUACAGUGGUGAAACCUGGCGGACGCACACUCAGGAGGAUAACCUUACUUCUCAACGGGAGAUCAGUCCAGACCUUUGAGCAGCUGAUGGCUGACAUCUCAGAAGCUCUGGGAUUUCCUCAUUGGAAGAACGACCGUGUGAGAAAGCUGUACAAUCUGAGAGGCAGAGAGCUCCAAAGUGUUUCUGAGUUCUUCAGGGAAGGUGAUGCAUUCAUAGCUAUGGGGAGGGAGCCCCUCACUUUCAAGGACCUGGAGGUGGUAUUGCAAGAACUUUAUCCUGAAAAUCCUUAUGCUGCCAGUGCUGCCAUUCAGCAGAAUGAGGAGCAGUCCCAAAAACUGAAGAGCAGGCUGUAUGACAAGGCCUCAAAAGUAGACAGUGGCUUUAAUGAGACAGAAGUGACCAAGAACUGCAGUGAUGGCUUGUCUUCUCAGCUGGUGGCUGGACAUGAAGGAAAAAGUCAAGCCAAGACAAAGCAAGAGGAAAAAAUGAGAACCAAAAAAAAGUGGACUAGAGAGAGAUGGAGUGGUGAACAUGGAGUGAAACCUUCUAGAAAAACACAAGAAAGUGAAAGGUACCUUAACCAUGAGAGGAGUUCUGAGGAAGGCUUAGAGGAGGGUUCAGAGGAGGUGCUGAGAUGUGAGAAAUGCAAACAGGAAAGGCAGGCCAGAGAAAAGUUAUGGAGGGAAAGGCAGGCUGAGGCCUCAUUUGAGAAUAGAGACUUAAACACAGGUGCAUGUCAGAGGUACCAUGUAGAAAGAAAUACAAAAGUCAGGAACUGCCGAAAAUCCCCUGAAACUUCUCUGGAGGGUGAGGAAGUUGGCUGGAAAGAUAAUGGCAGUAGGAGGAUGUGGAAGCCGCUACAUAGGAUUGUUAAUAAAGGUCUGGAGAAGCAAAAAAGGAGCACUAAGAAAGAAAGGGAUGUGGAGAAGCAUGAAAACCAUAGGAAGGAAGUAGUAAAAUUCAGGAAGAAUGCUGUAGACGGGCUCCAGCUAUCUCUUGAAGUGAAGGAAGAUAAUGGAAGUAGCUGUGUAAUGAACCAAAGUGGUUGGCUAAAGAAAGACACACUGAGGGAUGCUGAGAAAAUGUCUAAAACAUACAGGGAAGGCAGAGAGGGACAAAGGGCUAAAGACGAAGCUGCCAGAAGAGAGGGGAAUGCCAUAUGUAGAGAGAAUGACAUGACUCAACGAGAAAAAACAGGGGAGCGCAGAGUGAAUAAAGAAGACAACAAAGCUCAGGGAUUGGAAAGCACAAGUCGGAGGUAUACCAUUAAAAGCAGAACUGAUGUGGAAAAACACUAUGAGAUUGGCAGAACUAUUGGGGAUGGGAACUUUGCAGUGGUGAAGGAAUGUCGCCACUGUGAUUCCAAUCAGAUCUAUGCCAUGAAAAUUGUUGAUAAAUCCAAGCUGAAAGGGAAGGAGGACAUGAUGGAAAGUGAAAUCCUGAUUAUUCGGAGUCUCUCUCAUCCCAAUAUAGUAAGCUUAAUUGAGGUGUAUGAGACAGAAGCUGAGAUCUACUUAAUCUUAGAGUAUGUCCCAGGAGGGGACUUAUUUGAUGCAAUCAUAGAAAGUGUGAAGUUCACAGAGCAUGAUGCUGCUGUCAUGAUCACUGAUCUGUGUGAAGCACUGGUUUAUAUUCACAGCAGGAACAUUGUCCAUAGGGACCUCAAACCAGAGAAUCUUUUGGUUCAGCACAAUGCAGAUAAAUCUACUACACUGAAAUUGGCAGAUUUUGGCCUUGCUAAGCAGGUCACAAAACCUAUAUUUACUGUCUGUGGAACACCAACGUAUGUUGCUCCUGAAAUACUUGCUGAGAAGGGCUAUGGCCUCGAAGUAGACAUGUGGGCAGCUGGUGUGAUCCUGUACAUCCUGCUCUGUGGUUUCCCCCCUUUCCGCAGUCAGGACCGUGAUCAAGAGGAGCUGUUUCAGAUCAUACAGCUGGGUCACUACGAGUUCCUAUCCCCUUACUGGGACAAUAUUUCGGCAGCAGCAAAAGACCUCAUCACCAGGCUGUUGAUAGUGGAUCCCCAGAAGCGGUACACAGCAUGCCAAGUACUUCAGCACCCCUGGAUCAGAACAGCUGGGAAAACUAACAGCAGGAAUUUGCAGAGGGAAGUGACAAUUAACAUUGAGCGCCAUUUCCGGGCCCAGCGCCGAAAGGAAGUUGUUGAUGAGGACACGUGAAAUCUUUCGAGCUCAUUUUGUCUUCUUUUUAUUGAUCAACAAAUCAUUUAUGUUUUCUUUUCUAAAUGAAUUGAGAAUUUAAUGUGUAGCUGUUGGUGGCUGUUGCUAUGCCUCUUUUUUUGAUUCUGAGAUUCUGAAGGACAGAGAUCAAAUUCACAUCCAUUUCCUCUGAUGCUGGCAGUCUCUCUGUUGAAAGCAGUGGGAACUAGAUAAAUUUUUCUUUAAGUACUUUCCUUUAAGUACUUCUACAUAAUUUACGAAUGUUUGCUUCUAUGACUGACACUAGUGGUGAAUCUUCUCUCAUCCUUUUUUUAUUAUAUCCUCCAGGAGUUUUGUGUUUGUAAUGUUUUCAAAAUAGCUGUCUGCAUACAUAUCUUGCACUAAUUCUUUAAACAGUCUUUUCACUAAUUCCUUCUAGCCACUGAGUAGAAAGAAUAAAAAGUAAAUAUAUUCAUAUAUUCUUUAGCUGUAGGAUAUAUUAAAUAAGAAGCCAAAUACUGUACUUAUUAAGUUGUGAGGGAAUACAAAUUCUUAUUGACUUAAUCUGAUGUUUUUUGGUAUCUCCCUUGGCAACAUCUUUCAUUGGUUGUUCAGGGUAAUAGAUGGUACAAUGUUCCUGUUACAAGAAGGUGGUGCUGUGUACUAUGGGGUGAAAGUAGACUAAAAUCCAGCUUGGGGAGAAAAAACUUUUUGGCUGUGGAAAGGUCUCCCUGGGGAAUCAUCAGAUACUCUAUUGCAUGUGUUUUUUAAUAUUUUUAUUGGAUGCAAUUUUAAAGAAAUCCUGCAGGGGAAAAAAUACAGCCCAGAGAGGGGCCAUGACCUAAAACAGCUUUUGAAUCUCAGAAUUUUUGAUUAACUAAUUAAAUUCAAAAAGCACUUGAGUUUUCCAUUUUAUAAUUCUUUGUUCUCAAGUUCCAUGGGCUAGCAAAUAAUAUUGAUGUUAGAAUAUCAGUGCUGUUGGCAUUUUAUACAUAGCCUGUAGAAAUGAAAAGGGGUAUUUUACACUUGGAGAGCUGUUGCUCUGCCUAUGCAUUUCAUAAUGACAAAUGUCAGAAGCAUUUCAGAAUUAGUGGAACAUUUUCACAACUAUAUGAACCAGAAUAUUGUUUUUGGUGACUGCUAAUAUUUUGUGUGAACUUGCUGAAUAACCAAAAAGUGUAGGGUGCUGUCAUCAUGUUUCUGUUUCAUCUUAUGACCUUUGUGCAAAAAUUAUGUAUAAAAGUAGAGAUCAUUUGACUCUUAGAGGAGAAUUGCACUUUAAAUUGAAUUAGCUUAUUUCUAAUACUUGCUGGAAUAAGACUUGUUGUGGAGUUCAAGAAUUGGUGAAACAAACCAAUAAAAUUUUUACUGUAUGCCCAAGUAGUAGCUAUAUGAUAUGUCAUACUUCUGCUUUGGAGUCUUUGAGUCAGGAAAACUUUUCUCUUUCCUGAAAACAAGAAUGGAUUUAAGUACUUCCCUGAGUUAAGGGAACCUAAUGUAACCUAAUAUUAUAAAAGCAUUGCAUCAUAUAUGAGUACUAGUAAUAAUAUAUCCUCUGUUAAUUUAAGUCUAUUUUGGAUAGGAAAUUGUGGAAAAAUAG